AUGCCAACAACAACAUCCAUCGUGACACCUAAUCAUGGCGCAUCCGUUCCGGAUGCUAUCGCCGUGAGCAACGAGAGAGAAGAUCUGGCAAGCUGGCAGAGAAGAUGCGGUAUCAAGAAAGAGGAUCAGAUCCGUUUGGUCAAAGUAGCCCACAUGCGAUACCAACAUCCGGAUCUUGACCAGAUCACCGUUUUUCUUCUUGAUUUUGGAAUGGAAGUCGCCCAUAAGGCCGACGAUCAGGUUUGGUUUCGCGGAUAUGGUAGCGACCAGUAUGUUUACUAUGCCCGCAAAGGGCCUAAAAAGUUUCUCGGUGCAGCUUUCCAAGUGGAGAGCCAGCAAGACUUGGAGAGAGCUGCUCAACUGCCGACUGCUGGUGAUAUUCAGGAGUUAAAGGAUGCCCCAGGAGGAGGACACAUGCUCACAUUAACUGAUCCAGAGGACAUUCCUGUUAAUCUUAUCUUUGGACAGACUCCAGCAGAGCCUAAAAGCUAUCCGGAGAAACUUACCAUCAACUACGAAGUGGAGAAGCCGCGAGCGCUUAAGUUCCAGCGCUUCACUACUGGUCCUGCCGCAGUUCACAAGCUUGGACACUUUGGCCUCUGUGUUCAAAAGUUCCAUGAAAUGGUCGAAUUCUAUACCCGAAACUUCAAUCUUGCCCCCAGCGACUUUUUGUAUGUCGACGAUCAAGACGACGGCGAAGACAAUAAGAAGAAGAAGAAAAACGUUGCUUUAUUCGCUCACAUUGACCGUGGCGAAGACCUGGUUGACCACCAUACCUUCUUCAUCAGCACAAACCCCACCACUCACGUUCAUCACUGCUCGUUCGAAGUGCACGACUUUGACACCCAGCAACUAGGCCAUCAGUGGCUUGCUGAGCAGGGAUACAAGUCUGUAUGGGGGGUGGGCCGUCAUAUUCUCGGCUCGCAGAUAUUUGAUUACUGGUGGGAUACGACUGGGAACAUGAUUGAGCAUUAUGCGGAUGGUGAUUUGGUCAAUGAGAAUACGCCUAUUGGAUAUGGUCCUGCUGGAAAUGAAUCGCUGGCGGUAUGGGGGCCGGAAGUGCCCGCUUGGUUUUUGGAGUAG